CUUGAACUUCAACAAUGGCGGAUUAUCAGUCGCCGCGAGCAGAAAAGAGCAGCAGUAGCAACGCAAAGAAGAGGAAGAAGAAGAGAAAGCUUCCAGAUUCAGAGAAUAAGUACGAGGAUAAGGCUUCGAAAUCAUCUCGUAUCGAUCAAUCGGAUGAUUUGGUAAACGAACCAAUAGAAGAAGUUAAGGAAACAACAACAGAAUUUCUUGAAGAUGCAACUCCGUGGAGAAAUUUGCAGUUAAUUUUGUCACUACAGAAGAAGAAUCUCAAUAUUGAGAAAAAGGUAGAACUCGCAUAUAAGUUUGUGAAUUUGAGUUUUAGUCAAGUAGCAGAUGACACAACUCAUCCAUCAGAGGCUGUUAGCUUUGAUAGAGUAAUUACAUUUCUCAACAAUUGGGUCCAGUCAACAUUAAUCUCUUCAGAGAAAGAAAUUAGGGUUUCAGGGCUUACUCCUCAGUUUGGUGUAAGUGGUUCUUGUUUAGAUUAUAGAUGCUGGAAGAUUUUCAAGUUCUGCCUGGAGGAGGGUAUGAAAUUAAACAUUUCACUGAGCUUUUCUAAGGACAUCUUAAAAGUUAUUCACUGCAUCACCAGGAACAUGGAAAUCAAAGAUUUGAAUGAAGAUGAGUUAACAUUAUACAACACAAUUCUUGAUUGCAUUUCACUCAUUUUCACAUCACAUGGUGGUGUUUCAAAUGAAAAUCUAGAUUUGUGGAUUUUGUUAGUUGGUACUUUACUUGAUCUUGUUCUGAAAGUUAUCACCAGUAAUCUCAAUGAUACCAUAUCAGGAACAAUUGUCAUGAACUUGACAUGCAUAGUACUUGAUCCAUUCAUCAAGUUCUUAAGGCUUCAUCCAAAUCGGAAAAAUGGUUUUCAAGAUUUUGUGGAUAAGCUUUUGGAACCUUUGCUAUGCUUACUGCAUGUAAUACACUCUUCUGAACUUGCCACAAAUAAAUUAUUGAAGCUAAUUGAAGAAGUCUUCUCUCAAGGAUUGUUUCAUCCCUCACACAUUGAUGGAUUUUUGAGCUUACAGAGCUUAUCUAAGUAUAAACUAUCCGAUGAAGGAAAGCCAAAAGACUCAAAAACAGUUAUCAGAAGUUAUCACAGACACUUGUUUGAUAAACUGGGAAGAAUAGUGGUGGAGAAGAAAGCCUUGGCAUUAUCUGGUGAAGGGGAGCUUUUUCGUAUGUAUGUCCAUUGUAUCAAAAGGCAAGAUAGUCUAUCUUUUUUAAAUGCUGAAACUCGGAAGUCAUUGUUUGAUUUCUUUGUACAAAUUCUAGAGCCUUUGUUAUGUGAUAUUGAUAUUUACCUUCAACAUGAAGUGGAAAUAGGAACAAUGUUAGAGGAUGUUCAUUGCACACUCAAAUCAUUCAACUCAAUUCUUAUCAACUUAAUGCAAGAGAAAGUAUACACAAGGGUAGAUGAUGCAUCUGAAGGGGCUUGUGCUAAUUUCUUGAAAUUGGUCUGUGAUAAAAUAACACUACUUUCUUCCAAAAUAGAUCAGUUAGUUCCAUCAACUUUUGAUGCAAACAAUGGAACAUGUAAGGAUUUGGUGGAGUUGGUAGCCAAAGAUGUUAUUUCAUGCCUGGAUUAUUUAUUGGAAAUUGAUUAUGAGGUUCUUGGGAAUGAUCUUGAAAGUUUAUGGCUUUUGAUGUUCUCAUAUGGGACACUUGGACACAGUUUGACCAAUUUACAGGAUAAGUCCUCGAUAAUUCCAGAAAUUCUUCAUCUUGGAUGCCACAUGGUUAACCUUUACAGUGAGCUUCGUCAGGUGGGAACAUCUGUUUUUGCACUUUGUAAAGCAAUGAGGCGUUUUGUAUCAUCUGCAAACAAAAAAGAAUCUAGUCAUUCAAAAUCAUGGGCAAAGUCAUUGAGAUUGAUAUUAUGCUCACCAGAGUUAAAACUUUCCAUCCAUAAUGCUGUAAAGUCCAUACCUGAAGGGCAAGUAGGUUUAUCUAUUAAAGAAUUAGCCACUGAUGUCUCUGAAUCUCUUGAAUGGAUGAAGGGUACUUUAGACAAUUCACAUCAUAAUGUCCGGUUGAAAGCAGAGGUUCUUGGUAGUGGUUUAUCCGAAGUGUACACUUUAAUUGUGGACUCAUUGGUUGUCACUACAGGUAACAGUAGUCUUGUUGGAGUUUCUCUAAAUGAUUUGGUGACACUCAUUUCUCCUACUAUGAGUAUUUUGAUCUCACAACCAAAAGGAGUUGAUGAGUUUCUUUCUGUAGUUUCUGGAAGAAAAUUCUCCAAUAAAGUGAAAUCUCAUUGGAUUUUUCUUUUCUUUUUUCGUUUAUAUAUGUCUUCUAGAAGCUUAUAUAGACAAGCUAUCACUCUUGCACCUCCUACUACAUCCAAAAAGAUGUCAGAAAUAAUGCGGGACCCCUUUACAGCUUAUUCUGGAAAUGAUUGGUUGGAAAAGACAGAAAAGGAUAAAGGGUAUUUUUCUUGGAUUCUCCAACCUUCAGUCUCUCUUCUUCUCAUUAUAGAAGCAAUUUCAGAUGUUUGUACCAAAGAAAGCAAAACAGAUCUUUCUUCUCUAACAUAUGUUUUGAAUGCUAUGGCACUUCAGAGGCUUGUUGACUUGAAUAGAUUGGUCAACUCCCUUGAGUUUGUGAUCAAGAGGAAUGAAAUGAUAGUUAGUGAGGCGAAAGAAGCAGAGGGUAUUAAUGGUAAACAAAAUAAACGAUUGGGAAAGCGACUUAUGAAGUUAUCAGAAGAGGCGAGAGGUCUUACAAGUUAUAUAAUGGGACACCUGUCUUUAUUGAAUAAAUCUGAGCCAAAUUAUGAAAAUGGAUGGGAUUUUUCGGUUGCUUCCAUAGAUAAGAAGUCAUUACCUUCUGCAUUUUGGUGCAUGAUUUGUCAGAAUAUCGAUGUUUGGAGUGCUCAUUCAGCUAAGAAGAAAGUGAAGAUGUUUCUCUCAAUUCUUCUUCAAAAUUCUCUUCCAUUCAUGAAGAGUAAUUUGAAGCAAUUUGGAGAGCAGAGUGUUGUUGGAGGUGGAAACUUGAAGAAGGUCAUGAUACAUGAAAUCUCAUUGGAGCUUCUCAGCAAUACAAUGUUAUAUGAGGAAAAAUUUAUUCGAAGACAUAUGGCAUCAAGGUUUUGCAGCUUUCUUCAAGAGUUAGUGUCACCAUUAUUUAAUAAUGAAGCAGAUAUUGAAUUGCAAGAGGAACCCAAUUGGCCUGAGGUUUUAAGCUCCCUUAAAAUUCCUUCAGUAGUUACAAACAAUAUUAGUGAAGUGAAUGAUUGUUCUUCAAUGGAUCCAUCAUCUUCUCUCUCUAUCAAGAAGCAAGAAGUUGAUGAAUCAAGUCAGAUAUAUAAAGUUUGUCAAAGUUCACUCAGUUUUCUCUGUUGGAUGCCCAAAAGAUGGAUAAAUUCUAAAUCUUUUUCUCUCUAUGCAACUUGUAUAUUAAAUCUUGAAAGGCUUAUACUCAACACUUUAUUGGGUGAAAAAUUACAUGAUCAUGUUGAGCUUUUGAAGCUCCUUCUUUGUUGUCGAAAAACCCUGAAGCAUCUAAUGAUUACAUUCUGUGAAGAGAAUAUUUCCACCAAUCAAAACUCUCUUAGUGCCCUACACUUUAAAGGCAAGUUUCCAGCUUUAUGGCUCUUAAAGUCAUUACUCUCACUACAAAACACAUUUUCAACAAAUCACAACACUGAAUUGAAGAAUCUGAUGUUUUCACUUACUGAUUACACAUCAUAUGUGUUUUUCACCCUCAUCAAGGGUACUCUUGUCAAUGCAAGCCAUUCCCUUAUAUCCUCUAGGGAUCCUUUUCACAAGAAUACUGAAUCUGUAUCUUCAUCUGAUCAAGAAGAUGGAAUUAAUGCAACAAACUUUUUGAUUCAUGUAUCUGAGGAAUUAAAAGAUUAUGCAGAAAUUAUGUUAGGGGAAAGGGAAACCAUUUGUUAUGGAAAGGCGACAUCUGUUCUUUCUUGCUUUCAGGGAUUUUUGUGGGGACUUUCAUCUGCUUUAUCUCAUAUGGACACAAAGAAUAUUAAUCUCAAAGCCAUUUUUUCUAGAAGAAAAUUUGAACCUAUUGACAAAUUGAAACUCUGCAUAGAUACUUACACAACUUCUAUAAACAAAUCUUUGUGUGAGCUCUUUCUGAAAGCUUCUUUUUCUGAAAUUUCCUCUGAUGGGUAUGAAAAACGCCUAAAUUUGGAAACUUUAGAAAUGGGAAACACAGAGAUAAACAAGUCCUUUUUGCAGAGUCUUCUAGAAGGAGAAAGUUUGUUUCUUAGACAGCUAUUCAUUUCCUAUUCCGCUAUUCUAAGGUUAAAUUCACAGAUCAAAACUCCAUUGUUGUCAAAGGUGGUUGUUAUAUUCCUAGAAAUCUCAGAAGUUUUGUUGUUGGGAUUCUCAAAGAACACUGGAAAUAGAACACCACCACCAUCAGAGUUAACUUUCGUGUUGUUGGAUGCGAUUGGGAAGUUUCUAGAAGAAUUGGGAAACCAUAUUUCUUCAUCUAACCCUACUUUGCCUCCAAAAGUUUAUGAAAGAUUGAUUGAUUUGCACUUAAAGGCAAUUGGAAAAUGCAUUUCUUUACAAGGAAAAGAAGCUGCUUUAGAGUCUCAUGAGACUGAAUCAAGUACAAAAACAAUGAAUGAUCAUUCUAGUGGACUUUCUUGUUUAGAUGAACUCAAAAGCAGAUUAAGAAUAUCAUUCAAAGUUUUUGUUGGAAAACCUUCAGAGGUGUAUAUAUCUUCUGCUAUGCAGUCUAUUAAAAGAGCUCUGGUUGGAGGAAAUGUUUCUUCAGUUGUUGCAGCUGGAAUUGAUUGUCUUGAUUUAGUCCUUGAGGCCAUUACAGGAAGGAAGAGUCUGAACACAGUGAAAACAGAUAUAUUGGGUUCACUUUGUUGUCUCUUCAACAUUAUUCUUCAUUUGGAGGGCCCACAAAUCUUCUACAGAGAUCCCACUUCAGUUAAACAUUAUUCUACUGAUCCAGAUCCUGGAUCUGUUGUUCUUAUGUGUAUUGAAGUGCUUACAAAAGUGUCGGGAAAACACGCGCUUUAUCAAAUGGAUUCAUGCCAUGUGGCACAAGCUCUUAGUAUUCCCUCUACACUUUUCCAGAAUAUUCUGAAUGAGGGUGUGAAAACCGAGGUUUUAGAUAGAGAAUAUUCGAUUGAAUUAUAUGCAGCGUGUUGCAGGAUGUUGCAUACUUUACUUAGGCAUCAUAAAAGGGAAAGUUUACAGCACAUUGCUUUGCUUCAAGCUUCUGUUUCUGUUCUUCUUCAUUGUUUGGAGAUGGUAAACAAUGACCAAACUACCCUUAAAGGUUAUUUUGUAUGGGGGUUACAAGAGGGAGUAAAAUGUGGUGCUUUCCUUCGAAGAAUUUAUGAAGAGAUACGACAACAGAAAGAUCCGGCAUCAGAAGGGAGAUAGAUGAAGCUUUGAGACCAGGUGUU